AUGGUCUCAAAGACUGCGUCACAACUCGAUUGUCAACAAGUGUUAUGGUUGUUCGGUGAAGAUGAGCAUAUUACUGAAGUUGGUACAAUGAAUAUAAUGAUGUUUUGGAGGAAUGAGAAUGGAGAAGAGGAACUGGUAACAGCUCCACUGGACGAUGGCGUUAUCUUACCGGGCGUGACUCGUGAUAGCGUGCUGACCUUGGCCAGGGAAUGGAAGGAAUUCAAAGUAUCUGAACGAAAUGUUGGCAUGCAAGAGAUUCGAAAAGCUCUUAAGGAGAAACGGCUUUACGAGAUGUUUGGUACUGGAACAGCGUGUGUAGUAUCGCCGGUUGGUCGAAUUCUUUACAAGAAUGUCAAGAAAAACGGUGAAAUUGAAGAUUUAGUCAUUCCAACAAUGGAACAUAAACCGAAUGUUAUGCAAAGAAUCUAUGAUACUAUUACGGAUAUACAGCACGCCAGGAUUCCUCGUGAAGAUUGGAUGAGACUUGUAGUCUAA